AUGGCUUCCAUGGGCUCGAGUAGGAUUUUCCGUGUUCGGUUACAGGAAAAACUGUGUCAGUGGGGUUGUUACCCUCCGUCGUUUGUCGCGGACAAAUUUACGUGUCACCGUGGGGGGGCCGCUUUUGGAUUUUCCGCCAGUGCCGCCGCCGCUGCGCCGUCCUGUUGUCAGGAGAGGCCCCGGCUUAAAAUGUCGGUGACGCCCCCAUGGCACCCCGGCGGACAAUCGCGGCCCCAAGCGACACCCUCGAUCAGGCGGUACGCCACGAUGGGGACCCAACAACCCAACUCGGUGCCCGAAUACCAGGUCGACCCUUAUAGGCUGCUUGAGGACGAUUUAAAAGACGUUUACACGUAUAUCCGGAACGCCCUGAGGAAGAACACGUACCAAGAGGACCUCUACGAGAUAGCGACGUACUAUUUCGACGGAAACGGCAAAGCCAUACGUCCCAUGGUCGCCAUAUUGAUGGCCCGCGCGAUCAACUACCACAUGUACAAAGAAAACAGCGGACUGCUUCCGGCCCAGAGGGAAGUGGCCAUGAUUUCGGAGAUGAUCCACACCGCGUCCCUGGUCCACGACGACGUCAUCGACCAGUCGGACUUCCGACGCGGCAAGCCUAGCGUCAAUGUCAGGUGGAACCACAAAAAGGUAACGAUGGCAGGCGAUUUCAUACUGGCCGUGGCGUCCAUCAUGAUCGCCAGAUUGAGGCACGACGACGUCACCCUAGUCCUUAGCCAGGUAGUGUCCGACCUAGUCCAAGGAGAGUUCAUGCAGUUGGGAUCGAAAGAGACGGAGAACGAACGAUUUGCUCACUAUUUAACGAAAACGUAUCGGAAAACCGCGUCGCUGAUCGCAAACUCCGUCAAGUCGGUGGCGCUGCUGGCCGGGGCGGGUGAACAACUGUCCGACCUGACGUACCAGUACGGGCGCAACCUUGGGCUCGCCUUUCAACUGGUGGACGAUCUGCUGGACUUUGUAUCGUCGUCGGCCGCCAUGGGCAAACCGACCGCCGCCGACCUCAAACUGGGCCUCGCCACAGCCCCUGUGCUCUUCGCUUGUGAAAAGUAUCCGGAACUGAACCCGAUGAUAAUGAGACGGUUCCAAGAGCCGGGCGACGUGGAGAAAGCGUUCGAGCUGGUGCACAAGUCACGGGGCCUGGAGCAGACCCAGUUUUUGGCGAAGCAACACUGCGAAGAGGCGAUCCGGAUAGCCAGUCAGCUGAAGGAGAGCCCAUACCAGAAGGGACUGGUGGUUGCUGCCGAUUUCGUACUCAACCGCAUGAAGUAGCGCAGACUCUUAACCAGUUUUAUUUAUAUGUAGAGGAACAUUUUAGUUUUUGUUAUAUUUGGUGUAGCAGUGCGGCUCGUCCGACCAUUCCCGGGUACACCGUGCGCCAAAUACGAUCUGGAAACCCAUAGGAGACGCGAAAAAAAGUUUCGUACAAAAGUUUCUUGGACUCUCUUGAAGCUUUAAAAAAAUUUUCUAUAGUUUAGACAGAAAUUGAGGUUAAGUGUUUAAACACAGCACUAUUCAAUCAGUUUAACAGCUUAUACAGGGUGUCCCAAAUAGGUGGUACCGUUUAGUGACAAUUUUGAAUUUUUUCUAAUGGAACACACUAUAUAUUUCGACGUUUUUGGAAUCAUUCAUUAAAAUAAAGGUCACUUUCUUUAGAAAUUCCUAUUCGAAUUUUUCACAGUUCAGACAGAAAUUGAGGUUGUUUUUUUUCAUACUUUGAUUGCCCCCUAUAAAAUUGUGUUGUGACGCUACUGAUCUAGGUAUUGCAACGAAAAUUUAACCGCAGACUAAGGAGAUGAUGCACUACUCAAUCAGUUCGACAGAUGCGCCUCAGCUUAUACAGGGUGUCCCAAAUAGGUGGUACCGUUUAGUGACAAUUUUGAAUUUUUUCUAAUGGAACACACUAUAUAUUUCGACGUUUUUGGAAUUAUUCAUUAAAAUAAAGGUCACUUUCUUUAGAAAUUCCUAUUCGAAUUUUUCACAGUUCAGACAGAAAUUGAGGUUAUGUUUUUUUUCAUACUUUGAUUGCCCCCUAUAAAAUUGUGUUGUGACGCUACUGAUCUAGGUAUUGCAACGAAAAUUUAACCACAGACUAAGGAAAUGAUGCACUACUCAAUCAGUUCGACAGAUGCGCCUCAGCUUAUACAGGGUGUCCCAAAUAGGUGGUACCGUUUCGGCGCAUUCAAUUAACAAUCCCCAAUAUUUUUAUUCAGAGAUCAAUUCUGGGCCGAAAAAUAAGGUAAAAUUGUAAUUUACUUACUUUUUGAGAUAUCCAAGGUUUAAGGUAACAGUCGUAUAAAUUCUUGAAUUUAAAGCAGCAUUAGGUCAAUUGUUGUCAAUAUUAGGUAUUUUUUUAAAUAACAAAAACAUGAUACCACUUCUUUUAAAGAUGUAAUACUCUAGAUAUAUUGCUAACAAUACAGAUUUAAUAAAACUUCAGAAUUCAUAUUUAAAGAAUCAUUUAAUAGUUAUUACUAGCUUGAUUGAAAACACCCAAUAACAAAAAUAAAUAAUUAACUAAUUAACCAACCAAGGUAACAAAUUUCAAUAAAUAAAUCCAUAAAAAAAAGUUAACUAAAAAGAGUUCGUUAAUUCGGUCCAUGAAGUUUAGUUAAAAAUACAAAAUACAACAAAGAAAUAUCGAAAGAUUUAAAAAUGUAUGACGUGACAAUCUUUUUUUUUUGACGCAUUAUGGUAUAAACGAACUUUGACAUUUCUGUUUCAUUUUGUUAUUCCAUAGUUCAUAGUUGUCAAAUUUUUUGUUAGUAUAUUAUUUAGUAUUUUAUUUGUAUUUUAAAUAAGUUAUAUUUUUUUGGUUAAUCUAAAAACCUUAAUUAUUUAUUUUUGUUAUUAGGUAUUUUCAAUCAAGCUAGAUAAUUACCUAUUGAAUGUUUCUUUAAAUAUCAAUUCUGAAGUUUUAUUAAAUCUGUUAAAAUAUGUAGUAUAGAGUCGAUUUUUUUUUCAAAAUUUCCACGAAUUAAUGGACACCCUGUAUUGUUAUCAUUAGGUCUUAUUCGUAUAUCUCGAGUAUUAUAUCUUUAAAAGAAAUGUCUUUGCUAUUUAUAUUGCCAACAAGUGACCUAAUGUGGGCAGCUUUAAAUACGGGUGUUAUCUUAAACCUCGAAUAUCUCAAAAAGUAAGUAAAAGUUAUAUAUAAGAUAAACACAAACUUACCUUAUUUUUUGUCCUAGAAUUGACAUUUGAAUAAAAAUAUAGUACGUUCCAUUUGAAAACCUUGAGAUUUUGUUAAUUAAAUUCGACGAAACGGCAUCACCUAUUUGGGACACCCUGUAUAAGCUGAUCCGCAUCUGUCAAACUGAUUGAGUAGUGCACCAUCUCCUUAGUCUGUGGUUAAAUUUUCAUUGCAAUACCUGGUCCGAUAGCGUCACAACAUAAUUUUAUGUGGGACAAUCAAAAUAUGAAAAAAAAAUACAUAACCUUAAUUUUUGCCUAAACCAUGCAAAAUUGGAAUAGGAAUUUCUUAAGAAUGCGAAAUUUACUUUAACCAAGUAUUUAAAAAAUGUCGAAAUAUUCCAUUUAGAAUAACAAAGUUGAUGUCGGGAGGGACACCCUGUAUCAAGAAAAUUAAAAUGUUUUAAAUCUUCAGGAGAGUCCGAGAAACUGGUUUUCGUAUCUCCUACGGGUUUCCAGAUCGUACAGCGGAUCGUUUUAUUCAGCACACGGUGUACCUUAUCUUACUGUCAAAGUGCAAACAAGGGCCGCGGGUGCCGCUACUGCUCUGGGGCGACCGCCGGGCAAUCCGUCAUCGAGUCAUAUAUUCCCCACUUUUGAGGUCUAAAUUUAUACUCGAUAUUUGGUUUUGAACAAAAAAAAAGUCGAUUGUCCGGCGUCGCUGUCAAUUCUUUGCCCGGCAGAAUUCGGCGGCCCAAGAGGUUCGCCCCUAGUCAAAUUCGAGGGAAGUGCCCUCUCCAAUUUCAAGCUAACAAUUUUUCGUCAUCUUUUCUAUACGUAGUACGAUAUAUUCAUAACCAAAUGAUUUCCACGUUUUCUUUUUUUUUUGCGUCACUGUAUAGCGGAAAAUUGACGACGUGGCAACGGGUGACUUUUUAUACGGCGUGUCGCAAAAAUAAUAUCAAAAUUUGGCGUAAACAUUCCAAAGGCAAAUUUUUUUGAGUGACGAUUUUUUUUUUGGCCGCCCGGCACCGUGUCGUCAUUCAGCAGUCAAUAUUUUUUUCAGCUACCCUCUUGUACAAUACGGUGUAAAUAUUAUAUUUAACUUAGUCCCCCUUUCUGUUUUAUAUAAAUACCCAAUCUAGCGUUGUAUAUAUAUAUAGUAACUUAUAAUUUACGAUAAAAAUAUUGUUAUGCGAUUAUUGUUAUUGAUUAAUACUCUGAAUUUGUAUAUUUCGCAUGUCCGCAAACAGAAAUUAUUUAAUAAAGUAUCAGGU